AUGAGUAGGAAUAGCAACAACAAUGGCAGAGCCAAUAACAAGGGGCGUGGCAUAUCUCUUUGGUUCAAAAACAGAAGAAACACUGGCGCCAGCACUAGCACCAGAUCGAUCAAUGAUUCAGCGAGUGCAGCCGAUAUUCUUCUUCGGUCAUCUUCUCGUUCAGUGGGAGCUCGGUCUACCACUUCGGAAAGUCACUCCAAGAAAAAGCUUGACAAAAUCAUUGGAGGCAUCAAAGCUGUUGAGAAGACUCACAAGGAAUUGGCAAAAAUACCAAAAGUUGUUACACCGUGGCAAAACUUUGUGGAAGAAGAGUAUUUUAUCAAGUUCGGUGGAAAGUGGCCUGACACCUUCCCUGCGCGAACUCCGAAUCCUUUGGAGUUUCAAAUGAAACCAAGGACUCCAAGAGGCAACCCAGCGUCAUGGAGUAUAAUACAAGAAGCAGAAGUUAAAACUCCAAUGCCAUGUGAGAAUCCAGAUGAGCUGCCUACCAAAUGGCACAGGGUAAUCACAGAACGUGACUGGAACUCUGUGGGAACCAUGUUGGCAGCCGUGCAAAAGGAAUCUGUGCCACCUAAAGGUCAAGAAACUAAUACAGCGAAUGAGGAUAUUACAGAUGCAAACAAAAUGUCUCCGGAUGACGCAGGCACUGACGAUGUAUUGGCACCGCUUUCACAAACUGAUUCUUCAGACUACACCCCCAUGCAUUUAGCCUGUGCGGAAAAAAUGCCUUCGAAACUGACGCAGCAAUUGUUUUCGUUGAACAAAGAUGUUGCCAUAUUAAAGGACAAUCAAGGAAGAUUACCACUUCACCUUGCAGCGUUGUAUCGUAACAGUGCAGGUGUGCUAGACCGUUUGGUCCGAUCCAAUCCAGACACCAUUGCAGUGGCAGAUUCCCAUGGACGAUCACCCCUCCGAUAUGCCCUUUUGGAAGCUGAGCGAAGGCGAGACAAGUCUCUUAUUGGUAUGGACUGGAAAUAUCCCGUGACCCGACGACAAUCCCGGUGGCAGACGACACAAGUCGCAAAUUGGAGCAAUGUUGAGCUUUUACUGAAGAGUAUGAUCCGUCGAAAAAAGCUGUUGUAUCAUGCCAGCGAUCAGGCACUAGUGCUCGAGUCGGUACAAUGUUUUGCACCUCCCGACGUGGUGAUAUAUAUGUUGACGGUUGGAAUCAAGGUGAUAGCAAACGAAACCACUUCAGUGAUUUUGUUUUCUUUGCUCUUUCGAUUCAACUAUCCCAUUAAAGUUUUCGAAGUGGCCUUGCAAAUGUGCAUACGAACCAUGCCCAUACCCAAGCUGGUCGACUUGUUCCAGCAGGGUCUGGUACGGCAUUUUGAUGAGGGCUGUAUGGAAAUAUACCGGGAAAUGUCCGAAACCAAGCUCUCAUAUCGGGACGAGCUUUUGGAGGGUGGCGGCGUUGCAGCCUGGGAUGAUGAUGCCUGCAAAGAUUGGUGGGAUCGACUCAUGUUCUUUCUUACCGUGUCCACCUAUCAGGGGUUGACCUAUGACGAAGAUCUCGGGAUACCCCAAGACCAGCUGGUCCACUCGGCGCUGAGUAUUCCAGAGAUUGCUUCUUCAUUGGUAGAUUUCUUCCUACGCCUCACGCCAGAUUGUGGUCUCCAGCCAGAUAUCAAAAAUGGUGCUCUUCCCAUUCACUUGGCAUGUAAGAAUACCAAAAACAAAUCCAUUGGGAAACGGUUGCAAAUCUUUAAGUGUGCUCUAGAGGGGGGUUCUAAUUUGCGACGAAAGGAGUACCGAGGGAGACUGCCAUUGCACCUGGCUUUGGUAGCCGACCAACCACUACCAGUUCUUCAGACGAUUCUAGCGCUCGACACUCAAACGGCCGGAAGAAGAGACCCAAUGACCAGACUGUUCCCGUUUCAGUUAGCUGUCUUGUCUCAUCCAUUGAACGGAAGCAGAGAAGAAGGAGAAGGGAAAGAGGAUGGAAACGAUAGCAAGCCAAGUGGAGAUGUUGUUUGGAGCAAGCUUGAUGCUAGUUAUGAAUUAUUGCGAGCCUGUCCUAUUGCCGUAUUACCACAAAUGUACAUGGGUACUGGCAACCUAAAGGCCGACAUCAAUCCAAUUACGCUACACGUAGUAAAUUGGUGCUACGAAUACAGCCAAGACAAAGAAUGGGUUCCCUGUGAGUAUCGCAUCCAACAGCUGAAAGAACUUCUUUCUUCAAAGGAUACCGAGAUCGCUGACGAGGAUUUGCAACAACGGUGGACCAAAACAAAGCAACUGAUAUGGCAGUUGUAUAAGAUCCGUUCAGCCAAGCAAAAGAACAAGCUGAAGCUUGGCGACGACAAAUUUCUGCUUCAUGCUGCCCUGAAGAAUGGUUUGACGCCUCCUCUUUUGAUUGCUAUCAUCCUUCAACAGCAGGAAUCAUCCGUGCACAAAGCGCUAUCAGGGAAUACUUGGUAUCCAGUUCAUUUGGCCGCACGAUCGCCGUCAUAUACACCGCUACCGUUCGAGACUAGUUGCAUUGAGCUACCAGCCACCACAGCUCUAGGACUGGUGGCUAAUGCCACCAAACCAGAAAAUCUAAGGACGUUGUCGGGUGGCAAGACUCCAUUGGAACUAGCUCUGACUACUGGAAAGACCUGGGAUGACAUUGAAGCAUUGGUGAAACUGCAUCCCGAAAGUCUCUUGCACCCAGAGUCUAAGAGUGGCCACUAUCCAUUUCAACACGUCGCUUCCAAGCAAUCAUCUCCUUCUGCCCACAAAAUUGUCCGCUCGCGUAGCCUGCUGGAAAAGUGGAACACGGACCCUUCCUCAGGUGCCGAGAAUGCGGCCAAAAUCAAGGGAUAUCGCAAAGCCUACCAACUAGAAAAGUUAACGACGGUCUUCGAAAUCUUGCGGGCCAAACCAGCUGCCAUUCUUGCGGCCGCGAGAGGUAUCAGUUUCAAAAUGGAGACUUGA